GGCGCUCCCGCGCGCACCCGGCCGCCCGAGCGAUAUUAAAAUGUCUGAUGAUGCCAGUGACGCCCUAGCCACAGGAGACAAAGAAGAAACAACCACGAUGCCCAAUAGUGAUUCUCCUGCUGAAGAGAAGGGAGAGCACUGUGAUGUGGCUGUGACUGCAAGUGAGCUUAUGCCCACUGACCCUGGAGAUGUUCAUGACAACACAGCUACUCAGGAUGUAGGGCUUGCUGCUUCUGUGCAUGCUGAGCAGCCCCGAGACCCCUGUACCAUGGAUACCUCCUACAAUGGAGAAGUGCCCGAGGAUGACCUGGUUGAGUGCAUUGACUCCGUCAGCCUUGAGACAGAACCAGGAUCUGAAAUACCCCUGAAAGAACAGAAUAGCCCGACGGCAGAUCCCCCGCCACAUGGUGGAAGAUGGACUGGCUGGGGCUCCUGGGGCAAAUCUCUGCUCUCCUCAGCAUCUGCCACAGUAGGUCAUGGAUUAUCAGCGGUCAAGGAAAAGGCAGGGGCCACCCUGCGGGUCCACACUGCCCCUUCUGGCUCCGCUGAUGGGACUCAACCUGACGCUGAGCACGAAGUUCCUCAGACAGAGGCAGCGCCAGCUCAGAGUCCCACGGAAAGCUCCCCCUCUUCCCCUUCAUCUGGGUCUCGGGGCGUCUUCUCGGCCAUCACCAAUGCGGUCCAGAACACGGGCAAAAGCGUCUUAACGGGCGGUCUUGAUGCUCUGGAAUUCAUUGGCAAGAAAACCAUGAAUGUCCUCGCGGAAAGUGACCCAGGCUUUAAAAGGACCAAGAACCUCAUGGAGAGAACCGUUUCCUUAUCUCAGCUGUUAAGGGAAGCCAAGGAGAAGGAGAAGCAGAGACUGGCCCAGCAGCUCCCGGACGAGAGGACUGUGCACUAUGGGCUGCUGUUUGACGAGUACCAAGGCUUGUCACACCUGGAAGCCCUGGAGAUUCUGUCCAAUGAAAGUGAAAGCAAGGUUCAGUCAUUUUUAGCUUCACUUAAUGGAGAGGAGCUGGAGCUCUUAAAACAUGACCUAAUUUCCAUUAAAGACAUCUUCGCAGCCAAAGAAUUAGAGAAUGAAGAGAAUCAAGAAGAACCAGGCCCAGAAGAAAAGGGAGAAGAAUUCGCUAGCAUGCUCACAGAGCUUCUCUUCGAAUUACAUGUUGCGGCCACGCCUGACAAACUCAAUAAGGCCAUGAAGAAAGCUCACGAGUGGGUGGAAGAAGAUCAGACCAUUGGGUCCAUAGAUUUGACAGAUGAGUCAGAAGACAAAACUGAAAAGGAAGACAAGGCAGAGAAAUCUGAAAUCUCCAAAGAAGAAGGCAAGGGAGGAAAAACAACAAGGACAAUUGAGGAAGUCUGCAGGCUCUCCAUCGAGAGUCUGGCAGAGGUGACGGCCCGCUGCAUUGAGCAGCUCCAUAAAGUUGCAGAAUUAAUUCUUCAUGGACAAGAAGAGGAAAAAUCAGCUCAGGACCAAGCAAAAGUUCUCAUCAAAUUAACUACUGCAAUGUGCAAAGAAGUUGCUACCCUAUCCAAGAAGUUUACAACUUGUUUAACCACGGUCGGGAGCGACAAGAAGGCCGAGGUCCUUAACCCCAUGAUCAAUAGUGUAUAUGUAGAGGGCUGCAACAGCACGACCUACAUCCAGGACGCCUUCCAGCUGCUGCUGCCGGUGCUGCAGGUCUCCCACAUCCACACGGCCGCCCCGAAGCCCAGCCCCGACCCGGGCCAGGCCCCGCCGCUCUGACCCGCGCUGGCAGGCACGUUCCCCGCCGGACACGCGCCGCGCCGCUCUGCACCGGCCGGAGGACCCAGCUGUAAAGAGACCGUCCGUCCUCUUCCGACCACCCUGUUAUUUUUACACGGAAUUGUGCCCUUUUGUGUGUUAAUUUAAACUUGCACCGCUUGGCGAUCAUUUCCUGUCAUCUGAAAAUCUCGUUCUUUUCCAUUUUGCUGGCCAAGCCUGCCAAUUUUAGAAGUUAACGAGCAGACCUGGACUAUUUUUUUUUUUUUUUUUGGUUAAUGAAUCCUUUAAACGCCCACCUUCAGUGUUCCCAUUCUGCAAUAGGAAUGACAUCACCACGUCAUUCUUAGCCUGGACUUAAGUUCUGUUACAUUCUUGUCAUGGGCAGAAGAUAACACUACCGGGGCCAGAGAUAGUGCAGCGGGUAGGGUGUUUGCUUGCAUGCUGCUGACCCAGGUUUGAUCCCUGGCACCCUGUAUGCCCCGCACCCCCAAGUGCUGCCAGGGGUGAUCCCUGAGCACAGAGCCAGGAGUAAGCCCUGAGCAUCACAGGGUGUGGCCCCAAACAAACACAAACAAAUGAUCACACUACCUAGAGGUUUUUCUUGUUACGGUAAGGGAGAAAUCUGUGUCUCUGUGCAGCCAUUCAUUCUUAGAACAGCACUAGCUGAGCCCCUACUCACAAGUAGGAACAUGAUCAAACCAGCAGAGGCAGACAUUCUAAAAAGGCAGCUUAUAAUAUUUCUUUUUCUUGGGGAGGGUCACACCCGAUGGUGCACAGGGGUUACUCCUAGCUCUGCACUUAGGAAUUACUCUUCGCGGUGCUCAAGGGACCAUAUGGGAUGCUGGGAAUCGAACCCGGGUUGGCCAUGUGCAAGGCAAAUGCCCUACCCGCUGUGCUAUCACUCCAGCCCUAUAAUAUUUCUUAAGAUGCUUAAAUCUUUGUAGCUGUCCUAAACCUGCCCAGUUUUGAAGGACAAAGUAAAUAGGUGACUCCUAAAUGUUAUGCCACUCCAGGAUUCAGUGUCAUUUUCUUUGUGGGGAGUGCCGGGCCCCCCAGGUGCUCAGGAGACGGGGGUUGUGCAGAGGAUGGGGAGCACUGGAGAGUCUCAGCCAGCUGGGUUGGCACUUCCGUGCAAAGGCCUGAGGAUGUGACGAAACUAACCCAGGCCUGCAGUGCCAGGGAUGCUGAGGCCACCAGAGGCAGCGCCCAGCAGUGCUGGCGCCACACUGUGGUGCCAGGGUGGGACCUGGGCCGGCUGCCUGCUUGGCGUGUGCCCUAACUGCCACCUGCCUCCUGGCCCCUGUGAUCUUUCUCUGUGCUCCUGGAUCUGCUUUUUUUUUUUUUUCCCCACCCAGACUCUAGCUGUGGAGUAAAACUGUAGAUGAAAAGAAGUCCCCAGUGGCCAGGGGAGAGAGGUCAAGUGACCGUGCAUGCGCAUCUCUGGCUGCACAGGCCACUCCCAUCACCAGCACUCCAGGGGAAAUAAUCCUGGUGACCCUGAUGUCAUGCUACACCCACAGCCGCAGGCCCCGAAGACCCAUACGGGCCCGGGGCAGCCUUCCUAGCACAGCUUGGCAUGUGCACAGAGCACUCGGGUGAAAGCAGCUCAGCUCAGCGAGGUCGGCACCCCCCAGGCUGCAUUCUCAGUCCACCGCAGUUGAGCAGGAAUCCACUGAUGACACUCGCUGGUGGCAGGUGGCACCCUGGCUGCUAAUGCACGUGCGGGCUCAAGGGAGGCUGGACUGGUGCAUGGGCUGGGAGAAGCUGCAGUGAGGAGCCUGACGCCAGCAGGGGCUCGGCCGUGGGCCCCCCUGCACUCACUCCAGAGAUGAUGCUGAUGAACAUUCCUAGGCUAGAGCCCUAUCAGUGCCCCUACAAAUGCAAGCGGUUUUGCCUGCUGGCUCGGGGGCAGAUGAAGCCUGGGUUCCAGGGUGCAAAUCCCCUUCUCUUUUGCUUUGUUUCCCUUGAUGAGGUCAACCGCCUUUGUUCCACCCAGGCGAGGGAGGGCUGUUUUCAUUGCAUCCUACUUGUUAGCAUUUCAUUUGUCUCUGCCCUAGAUUUCAUGGGUGAAUCUCCUGCAACAGCCAACUAGAAAACCCAAGAACAAUUUAUUUGCUAUCUAGGAAAAAAAAUCUCUGUGGGAUCAAUUAAAGAUGCUUUUUUUCCUA